CAUCUGCAGCAUCCACAAUGGCUAGACCCUGUGCUUUUCUGAUGGCCCUGGUGGUGAUGAGCUACUGGUCGACCUGCUGUCUGGGAUGUGACCUGCCUCAGGCUCCUAACCUCAGGAACAAUACAGUCUUGACACUCCUGGAAGAAAUGAGACUUUCCCCUCUCUCCUGCCUGAAAGACAGAAGGUACUUUGCAUUCCCUCUGGAGAAGGUGGAUGUCCAGCAGAUCCAGAAGGCUCAAGCCAUCUUUGUCCUGCAAGAGGUGACCCAGCAGGUCCUGAUCCUCUUCAAUUCAAGUGAUUCAUCUGCUCCUUGGGAGACAGCUCACCUAGAAACACUCCAUGGUAGCCUCCGCCAGCAGUUCAAUAACCUGCAAGCCUGUCUGAUGCAUCAGGUGUGGAUGCAAGACUGGGAGUUGCCUGUGAAGAACUACUUCUACAGGAUCACUGCCUACCUGAGAGCGAAGAAACACAGCCCCUGUGCCUGGAAGGUGGUCAGAGCAGAAGUCUGGAGAGCCUUGGAUUCCUCAACAAAGUUGCUAGAAAGAUUGAUUGAGGAGAAGGAGUAAGCCUGGAGCAAAAAUGGAGAGGAUUCUCCUGAGCUAGGACGUUGUGCCUCGGUGCAUAAAUUCUCCUUUAAAAACU